AUGCCAGCAGGCACUGCCUCGGAAGUGGACGCCCCUCCAUCUGUGCCGCUGAGCUUUUCCAAUAACUUCUGGGGGCGCGAUGACGCUGGCGUCGACCCUCUGCUCACCCGCAUGCAAAAUGCCAAAACCACCUGCGACGAACUCAAGGCAUUCUACAAUGCCCGCGCCGCGCUCGAGGAAGACUACGCCAAAAAGCUGCUCAGCCUGUCCCGAAAGCCCCUCGGCAGUGCAGAACAAGGGUCUCUGCGCGCCAGUCUCGAUGUCGCUCGAGGAGAGACGGAAUCCAUGGGCAAGCAGCAUGCCCUGGUCGCCCAGCAGAUGAAGUCCGAGCUGGAAGAGCCCUUGGCGGCAUUCGCAGGUGGAAUCAAGGAGAGGAGGAAGAUUAUACAGAAUGGGAUCGAGCGACUGCACAAAAUGAAGCAAACCCAAACAGCUCACGUCAACAAAUGUCGGGACAAAUACGAACAGGACUGUCUCCGGAUCAAGGGAUAUCUCGCUCAAGGCCACAUGGUCAUGGGACAAGAGGAGCGCAAGAACAAGGCCAAGUUGGAGAAGACUCAGAUCAACAUGGCGUCGAACUCGAAUGAAUACGAGGCUGCUGUCAAGGUCCUGGAAGAAACGACGGGCCGCUGGAACAAGGAAUGGAAGGCUGCCUGCGACAAAUUCCAAGAUCUCGAGGAAGAACGGCUUGACUUCACAAAAUCUUCCCUGUGGGCGUUCGCCAACAUUGCAAGCACCGUUUGUGUAUCCGACGAUUCGUCGUGUGAGAAGAUUCGCCUCGCCCUGGAGAACUGUGAGGUGGAGAAGGACAUUACCAGCUUCAUCAAGACUUGUGGCACAGGUCAAGAAAUCCCUGACCCUCCGCGAUACAUCAACUUUGCCAGGAAUGACAUUGAUAGCGCCUCGGAAGCCUCAGAGGAUGACUACUCGGUCGCACAAUUCUCGAGAACCACAAACCCGGCUUUCAGGUCGUCUUCACCAACACACUCCGCAAGCUCGAAGCCGAGAAGAAGCCAGACACCAGAGCGACGCUCGGAGGAACCGAUGCGACCGGAUGAGGAUGACACGCCAACACCUCACAAUCCCAACAGUGGCCGCCCACCACCUCUCAACUACAAGCAACCACAAGCUACCCACGUCCCGCCAAAUUAUUCGCCGCGUCAACAUGGGGAAGUCCCUCAGGUGCCGCACAACCAAUACCCGACCGAGGGAAUGACCAUGUUUUGCCGCUCAGAUGCACCACCGUCUGUGGCUGGUUCAGCUUUGUCUUCGAACACUCGACCUGAAAGUCGGGAUGACCAGAGCGACUAUUCUGCUCCAAGCUCGUUCACUAGUGCUGAACCGUCUUCUGGAGCGGCUUCGCCCACAAAAAUGGCGCCCAUCAACGGAGUUCAACUGCCAGGGAUGACAUCGCCGGAAAAGUCUGUCCACAAGAAGAGAUCAGGAUUCUUCUCCAACAGCCCGUUCCGGAGAAAGUCGAGGAAAGAGCAUGAAAACCCGAUAGCGAGCGAUCUGUCGUCGACUCGCAGUUCUUGGAAUGCAGUGUCAGCCACGAAUGGUCGUAUCAACCUGAAUCCCACUGUCUCAAGCGCCCAGUCGAGUCCGACCAAAUCCCCAGUGCGGCAACAGCAGAGUUACUUCAACCGUAAUGUGGCUGACAUGGCUCCCGAGGGUGAAGAGGCCCCGGACCCACGAGCAAACUUCCAGCUCAACAUUGGCAACAACGUCUUCGACGUGGCAAGUCCUGAUGGGUAUCAAGACACGACACCAAAGACCAGUGCUGCCAGCCGACGCGGCUUUCUGCCACCUCCGACAGCUUCCACUUUGACCGAUGACUCAAUGCAUGAUCCAAUUGCACGGGCGUUGGCAGAUUUGAAGCAGAGUGCUGGCAGUAGCAGUGGUAUGGCCAAGCAGGCGAGUACUCGUGUUGCGGUGGACCGAUAUCACGGCGUGGCCACACCAGCCCCAGAGCAGGAACCACUCACUCGACCAGGCAUUUUGAGCGCAGAAAGCCAAGCAAGACUGGCUGCUCAGCGAGGCACACCGCCGCCGGCUUAUGAGACGGCAGGUGCAGAGCCGCGACCAGUAGGCCGAGUUCAAACAGCGCUCGGUGUCCCUCAACCCGCCCACACCAAGCGAGAAAUGCUCAAUCGCACGGAAACCUGGGGUACAAACCGGGUCAACGGCAGUCAGACUCAACCGUCGAGGCCGGGGACACGAGAUGGCCGUCGAAGUCCCGGACCAGGCAUGGUGCGUGCAGCAAGUCCUCAACCACAAGCUUACAAUCAACCUCCUCGAGCACGCAGCCCGCAACCACAAGGUCAAUUCACCCAGCCUCCGAGAGGGCGAAGUCCUGCUCCGGGGAUGAUACCCCGAGCCGCGAGUCCACUACCGCAAGCACAGGGUGCAUACCAACCUCGGUCGAGGAGCCCUGCGCCUGGCAUGAUGCCCCGAACAGCGAGCCCCAACCCCAUGGGGCAACAACAGGGCGCAAGACCAGGAAGUCAGCAAUACCGGGCAGCAUCGCCGAAUCCGUACGCCGGCAGACCCAGGCCAGAUCCGAGGUCAAGCCACGCUCCUCGACAGGGCAGUGGGAUGGAAAUGCAACUCAGUUCUCAAGACGUGACACGUUAUGACGGGCGGGAUGGUGGUGGUAGCGGCCGCAGUCGUCAGAACAUGAUGCGGCCGAACUCGAGUUUUGGCGGCGAUCGAUAUUCCCAGCCGCAGCAACAGCAGCAGCAGCAGCAGCGUCAACCUCAGUCCCAGCAACGCGGUGGCAGCAUGGACAUCGAGUUGCGGAGAGAGAGGAGUAAAUCCCUCGCCAGUAUUCCAUAUCGCGGUCCGCCGCCUCCACAGCCCGAGCCGCAGCGCGUGUUGCAUUAUGCACGUGCAAUGUACUCCUACACGGCCGCCAUCCCGGAGGAACUCUCCUUCACCAAAGGCGAUAUCCUCGCGGUGCUACGCCUCCAGGACGACGGGUGGUGGGAAGCCGAAGUCAAGGAGUCGGCGCGCGGCGUCAAGGGCGGGAUCGGGCUGGUUCCGAGCAAUUACCUGCAGAGAUGCUAG